GCUAGUUAGUGAAAAAUAUGAGUAUUUUGGUAAUAAAAUGAGUGAUUACUUGCAGAGGUAUACCGAUCGAUUCUUUCAUUUCUGUAUACGAGGCUAAGAUAUUAAUGUCGUUAUAUUAAAUACUAUAUUAAUUCAUGUGUUUCAGGUUGCGGACCUCAUCACACAUUAGACCAACUAAUGUGAUGCAUACAGGUUGGCGACCACUGAGUUGGAGGAUUUAAAUUAUCAAUCACAAACUCUGCAACAUUAGAAUUUAAAUUUUGGGUGAGAAGGCGAUGCCUAAUCGAGACUUAAAUCCUAUCUUCUCGAGUCUUAAAAUUCCAUUUACAAAAGUUUUUAUAAGUGAAUACAAGUUAAAAAUUACAUGGAUUUAGGAGAAUUUAUUUUGGAAUGGAUACAUAUACAACUAAAAAACCCGGUAUGUGGUGGGUUACACCUCAGUUAUGAGUGGAGACCCGUGUUCUUUCUCCUACAUGGACCCUGACUUCCAUUACAUAAUUCAACACCAAACUAUUAUUUAACUGAUACACAAACUCAACUGUGAUGCAAAAUCUACUUAGACAUAUAACAUCUACAAAUUAACAACUGACAGGAGUUAGUGGCACACUGGCAAGCAUUUGCUUGUACAAAGACAGUACCUGAGGGAGAGGAAACGGAGGCAGUGUGUUCCUGAGAUCAAUACACACUUACUAUGUCAGACGAUGCACCACAACCCCAGCCCAGUUUCUACACUUCCCUCUCUCGUUCCUUCGCCAGAGUCACUCUCUUCAUAGACGAUCACCUUAGGAUUGUACAGUAUGGUAUCUACUGUUGUGCUGCCACAGGAGUACUUCUGGUGCUACAUAGCGCUCGUGCGUUCACGAAGUUUACACGCAUUCAGGACAUCCCGGAAGAAUUUAUACGGAAGCACGUGCGACUCCACGGUCACGUUAAGUGGGUGGGCACCACACCACCAACAACAUCUUCCACUUCCCUGGCAGCACUGCCACUAAAUGGUGCUGCUUCAUCCAGCAGCGUCAGCCACGCUAAACUCUCCCCCACAGAAAAUGGAUCCAUAACUUCCCCGUUUUCUACCAAAGAUAACAUGACAAGAGAGAACUUGCUCGUGGGUGCAGCGCAAACUAAAGAAAAUCAAGAUGGGGCGCUGCGCCCAUGGAAAGACAACAAUGAUUCUAGAAUAUUAUGUGACGAGGAUUUUCUUCCACUUUUUCUUCAGGUGGAACACACUCCAGUCAUUGCUCUUUGGCACAAGAAAAGUAAUCAGCCGCUGAAUCUACAACUGGCAGAUGUGGAGGUGACAGGAUCAGGAGUGAUGAGUGCACAAGCCCAACUAGUUGGACAGAGAGCCUGGUUCACCCUCCUCGCCCAUAACACCCACAACCAUACACUCCUCUCUCUAAUCAAACCAGCCAAGGUAUUCGAGAGGAGUGUAAACGAACAACUGGUGCGCAGUGGGUUGGCAUUAACAGGGCCCAUGGAACUCAAGCUAUACAAUGACCCAUUCUAUGUUAAACACUAUAAAAGGCUCCUUCGAGCUCAGGAGUAUGCAGAGAGGAGACAGUUGGGUAUAUGGAAACAGCCCAGAAAACACAAGGGGAUCCUGGCCAACAUGUGGGGGUGGCUGCGUGCAUUAUCCUUUCGUAGUAAACAGUGAAACAGUGAAACUAUGAAAGCCUAUAUUCAGGCUUGUCUUCAUUCGGUAUGUAUGAUGUGUAACACUGUGUUCAUUUCCAUUGGCACUUAUUCACUUAGGACUCACUUUUAUCGAAAAUGUUUUGGCCCUUGGACUUUGAUCACUUCUGAUACAUAAGGAGGGGCUAUAUAUAGGGGCAAGAUAAAUAAAAUAAAUAAUUCAUGUUAGGUGCUAAACCCAUUUAGAUCAUUCAGUGCAAGACAUGGUGGAAGUUCAAUCCUCUGUCUGUUGAGGGCAAGAUGCUCUUCCUGUUUGUACCCACAGGAGAGAGUAGUAGUAGUAGUGUGGUGAUGGUGGCAUUAUUAAUAGUAACUGAUAGCAGUAGUUAGAUGGGCACCUGAAGUAGAGAAGGGUUUAUCUUUUGGCUAUUUCAGUUUUUUCUAAUAUCAUAUUGGCCAAUGUGGAAAUAUAACUGUCAGUUUUUUAAAAGAAUGAUGGUGCUAAAGGUGACGAUGAAUGAAGCUUCAAGGCACCUUUGUUGCCUUAAAUCUGUUACCAAUAAAUCUUGACAAUACAGAUAUAUUCCUUGGUGUUUUGUUGUAUCAUACAAUUGUUGUUUCUUUCAUCUCUGCUGCAGGCUUUAUGUUCAUAAAUUCUCUCCAGUUUCCCACACAUAAAUAUUGUCACACUUCCCAAAGGGAGUAUAGUUUACCAACGCUCUUAUAUGGGUGUGAAGCGUGGGUGAUGAAUGUUGCAGCGAGGAGAAGGCUGGAGGCAGUGGAGAUGUCAUGUCUGAGGGCAAUGUGUGGUGUGAAUAUAAUGCAGAGAAUUCGUAGUUUGGAAGUUAGGAGGAGGUGCGGGAUUACCAAAACUGUUGUCCAGAGGGCUGAGGAAGGGUUGUUGAGGUGGUUCGGACAUGUAGAGAGAAUGGAGCGAAACAGAAUGACUUCAAGAGUGUAUCAGUCUGUAGUGGAAGGAAGGCGGGGUAGGGGUCGGCCUAGGAAGGGUUGGAGGGAGGGGGUAAAGGAGGUUUUGUGUGCGAGGGGCUUGGACUUCCAGCAGGCAUGCGUGAGCGUGUUUGAUAGGAGUGAAUGGAGACAAAUGGUUUUUAAUACUUGACGUGCUGUUGGAGUGUGAGCAAAGUAACAUUUAUGAAGGGAUUCAGGGAAACCGGCAGGCCGGACUUGAGUCCUGGAGAUGGGAAGUACAGUGCCUGCACUCUGAAGGAGGGGUGUUAAUGUUGCAGUUUAAAAACUGUAGUGUAAAGCACCCUUCUGGCAAGACAGUGAUGGAGUGAAUGAUGGUGAAAGUUUUUCUUUUUCGGGCCACCCUGCCUUGGUGGGAAUCGGCCAGUGUGAUAAUAAAAAAAAUAAAAAAAUAAUUCCCAAAGGAUUGUGUAUACCAAUAUUUCCUUAAAGGAAACAUUAAACAGAGACUUUUUCUGGGUGAAGUCACCAAUUGAAGUGGUGGAAGUAAUGGCGAUCUGGCUGUUACUUUUGGCAAGAACUCGUGGUAUGUGUACCAACAUUACUGCAAAGUAACACCAGAUAUUUUUUGGUUAUCUUUGACAGUUGGUGGAUUGUGUAGACAGGUUUGUACUCUAUCUGCAGUCCUAGAUAAAAUGAGAAGGGAAGUGAAGAUGAGUAAAUCUCUAUCGAAUAUAGGUGCAUUCUUCUUCCAAGAACUUAGGGCUAGAGAUAUAUAGAGCUCUCAGGUAGGCCUAUGAUCAUUGUUUUUAUUGCAAGAAUUGUAGUGCUCCUCUUAUACUCAUGUAUUUGAGGUGAUGAAAGUCCAAGGACCAAAAUGCCUUCAAUAAAAGUGUUCUAAAGUGAAUACUACAUUCGCAUCCAUUGCCCCUGAAGUUGUUGGCAAUUGCUUGCUGUCUUACUAUAUAGAGUGCCAAAUAUUUAAGCAAAUGGGAUAAGCCUCAGACAUUUUAGCUGUGCUUUAAUUUGUUUCCUAUUACUACUGUAUUUGUAUGAGCUUCAAUGAGCAAAUUGCAAAAAUCAAUCUGCUGCUGUAUAUCAAGUAGUGUAUGUAGUAAAUAUUGCAUAUUGAUGGGAAGCUCUUAAGCCCACAGGGGGGUCAUACAGCAUCUGGGAAAUAGGAGUCUGAUCUGAUUCAAGGAAAUGAUGAGUAACUCCAAGUCCUUAGACAAAGAGCCUUUUAACAAGAAGUUACUCUUCUUGAAUGAUUUGUACAGAAAUGCUUUUUAUAUUGCUUAUAUUCCUGUAUAUAUUUAUUCAUUAGUUAUAACCCUGCUUAUGUCCAUGUACUGUAAACUACAGCCUCUCCUCACUUAGUGAUGUACUCGUUUACUGCCGAUUCAGACUUACAAUGGGCUUUCUGACUAGUAUGCAUACCUAAAUGUAUAUUAGAGCUGAUUUCCUCUUUUCUGUUUAUUACAGUAUACAGUACAUUACUGUAUAAACAUUUAAAAAUAUGCUAGAAAUGUUAUAAAUGAUGCAAAGAUGACAUUAAAAUAAUAUCAAAGAUGGUUGACACAAACCCACUACCAUUAUAGUAAGCUCCUUGCUUAGUGAUGCAUUUGUUUACCGACAUGGCCUCAGGAAUGGAAUUCCGUCGUUAAGUGAGGAGACGCUGUACUCUAGUAACUUUUUUGACGAACUCGUCCACAUUUUCCAAUUGCCGGACUUUUUUUUUCACACACUGGCUGUCUCCCACAGUACCACUUUCUAGAUUACCCAAUUCCCAGUGUAACAUCAUAGAGGAAAUAUUGUAGGGUUCUCCCAAGCCUUGUCUGUAGUAUUUUGUUUGCUUAUAAUGUGAAUAAGGCAGGUUCCUCGAUGCUGAUGAAGGGCUCUUAAUCUGAGGAAUUAGAAUAGUCUUCCACUUCCUUGGAUCAAGCCAGAUUGCCUCUCAAUCCCAAGCAGCUGUACAACUCUUAAGAGUUUAGUGCUUCCCCUAACUAUAAUAUUUAGUCAGAUCAUAUAGGAGCAAUGGAGAAAUUUUUCUGUAAUUACUUUUACUAUAUGUAAUCUGAUUUUCUUUCAUGUCCUUGGGCUCUUGAUCCAAAUACAAUAUUUUACUGGAUUUCAUACCCUAAAUCUACCAAAGAAAGGUGCAUAAAACUGCCAUAUUACAUUUGUUAUAACAUGAAAAAAGUAGUGUAAAUAAA